AUGGGAAUUCCAGACCCAGAAUACUCUCACAUUAUGAGUUUUCGAAGACAAGUUUAUAUAGCGCCAAAAGACAACAUCUCCGAAAGUUUAAUUAUCAACCAUGAAGACACCUCAUAUAGAGUUUUUUUAAGCCAAGAUAGCCUCUCAUGCUAUAAAUGCAAAAAACAAGGACAUUUAGCUAUUAACUGUACAUCAACACUAUCACAAGACAUUACAAAUAUUCCUCGAAAUAACGAGAAACUUACGACUCAAAACAAGCCAGAAGAUCAAACAACCUCUUUAAACAAUGUGCAAUCACAGAGUGUAAUACAAGAUAAUACAUUAGAAGAUGAAUUAGCCGCUAUAGAGUCCAAUAUUUUAGAAAAAAACCUUGAAACUUCCACAACCUCUAAAAGGUCCUUGGAGCAAAUAUUAACACCACCAACAACAUCUGAAAAUUUCUUUAUGAACUCAGGCAAUGACCUCUUCAAAAAACCCAAUGACUCUAAAAGAAAAAAAACAAAAUCCCAUAAAGUACCCCAAGAUAUAGAAGAAUUAAUGAAACCCACCAAAGAGUUCAUCGAAAAGGGAAAUUUCAUACUCACAUAUAAUGAAAUAACAGACUUUCUAGAAAACGUACAUGGAUCACCUGACCCUCUCAGCUGAACCUCGAAAGAACCUCUAGACAUAAGCUUGGAAGAAGUACCCGAGGAAGUACCUCAAAUGAGAGUAAGAACACAACAAUUGUUUAAAGUGAAAUCAGAUUUGAAAAUUACUUGGCAAAGUGGGCAGUAA